GAUUAUGACGUCGACGCCUCCCCCCCCAACUGCUGAAAAUGGUUUCCUAGGACUUUGCAAACGGAUCUGCCUAAGUGUUGGUGCAAAACUUUGUAGAUCUCGGCUCUGGCUUGCUCUAUUUAUUUAUUUUUGGUUUGUUUUCUUUGCUCUUCCCUCCCCACCCCCUCCGCCAAAAUGCAGGGGGCAGGGGUGUUGACAAUUAAUUGGUGAACUCUCCUAAAAAAAUGGAGGCAGAGAAAGACUCUGGAAGAAGAUUGCGUCCGAUUGACCGCCAGAGAUACGACGAAAACGAAGACUUGUCGGACGUGGAGGAGAUUGUCAGCGUCCGCGGCUUCAGCCUGGAGGAGAAGCUGCGCAGCCAGCUGUACCAGGGGGACUUCGUGCACGCCAUGGAGGGCAAAGAUUUCAACUAUGAGUACGUACAGAGAGAAGCUCUCAGGGUACCCCUGAUAUUUCGAGAAAAGGACGGACUAGGAAUUAAAAUGCCUGACCCCGAUUUCACUGUCCGGGAUGUCAAGCUCCUUGUGGGGAGCCGGCGGCUGGUGGAUGUGAUGGACGUGAACACCCAGAAGGGCACAGAGAUGAGCAUGUCCCAGUUCGUGCGCUACUACGAGACGCCCGAGGCACAGCGGGACAAGCUGUACAACGUCAUCAGCCUCGAGUUCAGCCACACAAAGCUGGAGCACCUGGUCAAGCGUCCCACUGUGGUGGACCUGGUGGACUGGGUGGACAAUAUGUGGCCCCAGCACCUGAAGGAGAAGCAGACAGAGGCCACCAACGCCAUUGCAGAGAUGAAGUACCCCAAAGUGAAGAAGUACUGUCUGAUGAGCGUGAAAGGCUGCUUCACUGACUUCCACAUCGACUUCGGAGGCACCUCUGUGUGGUACCAUGUGUUCCGGGGUGGGAAGAUCUUCUGGCUGAUCCCGCCGACCCUGCACAACUUGGCGCUGUAUGAGGAAUGGGUGCUGUCAGGCAAGCAGAGUGACAUCUUUCUGGGAGACCGCGUGGAGCGAUGCCAAAGAAUUGAGCUGAAACAGGGCCACACAUUCUUCAUCCCUUCUGGUUGGAUCCACGCAGUCUACACCCCUGUGGACUCCCUGGUGUUCGGCGGAAAUAUCCUGCACAGCUUUAACGUGCCCAUGCAGCUGCGGAUCCACGAGAUUGAGGACAGGACCCGGGUGCAGCCCAAGUUCCGGUACCCCUUCUACUAUGAGAUGUGCUGGUAUGUCUUGGAGAGAUACGUGUACUGCGUGACCCAGCGCUCCUACCUCACACAGGAGUACCAGAGAGAGUCGAUGCUUAUUGAUGCCUCACGGAAGGCCAGCAUAGACGGCUUCUCAUCCGAUUCCUGGCUGGAGAUGGAGGAAGAGUCCUGUGAGCAGCAGCCCCAGGAGGAGGAGGAGGAAGAGGAGGAGGAGAAGGAGUCGGCGGACGGGUUGGAGAGGACACCCAGGCCUGGCGCCGAGGGCCCCGCCUCGCCCGGCACCCCCUCAGAGGCGCAGGAGAGCCCGGGCAAGAAGCCCAGGCCACCCGGUGGCGCGCGCUUGCUCAAGAGGACGCUGUCUAAUGAGUCUGAGGACAGCGUGAAGUCGGCCACCGCGCCCUGCGACUACCCCAAGACGCCUACCGGCUCGCCCGCCCCCGAGGCACCGGCCAAGUGGACCCACCUCACCGAGUUCGAGCUGAAGGGGCUCAAGGCCCUGGUGGAGAAGCUCGAGUCCCUCCCCGAGAACAAGAAGUGCAUCCCAGAGGGCAUCGAGGACCCGCAGGCGCUCCUGGAGGGCGUGAAGAAUGUCCUGAAGGAGCACGCAGAGGAUGACCCCAACCUGGCCAUAACUGGGGUCCCUGUGGUCAGUUGGCCGAAGAAGACUCCGAAGAACCGGGCAGUGGGUCGGCCCAAGGGCAAGCUGGGCCCAGCCUCUGCAGUGAAAUUGGCUGCCAACCGAACGACGGCAGGAGCUCGCCGGCGCCGGACGCGAUGCCGCAAGUGCGAGGCCUGCCUGCGGACAGAGUGCGGAGAGUGCCACUUCUGCAAGGACAUGAAGAAGUUCGGCGGCCCUGGGCGGAUGAAGCAGAGCUGCAUCAUGCGGCAGUGCAUCGCGCCAGUGCUGCCCCACACCGCUGUGUGCCUUGUGUGUGGCGAGGCGGGGAAGGAGGACACAGUGGAAGAGGAAGAAGGCAAGUUCAACCUCAUGCUCAUGGAGUGCUCCAUCUGCAAUGAGAUCAUCCACCCUGGAUGCCUUAAGAUUAAGGAGUCAGAGGGUGUGGUCAACGACGAGCUUCCAAACUGCUGGGAGUGUCCGAAGUGCAACCACGCCGGCAAGACUGGGAAAGCCUACAAGCAAAAGCGUGGCCCUGGCUUUAAGUAUGCCUCCAACCUGCCCGGCUCCCUGCUCAAGGAGCAGAAGAUGAACCGGGACAACAAGGAAGGGCAGGAGCCGGCCAAGCGGAGGAGUGAGUGUGAGGAGGCUCCGAGGCGCAGAUCAGACGAACAUCCCAAGAAGGUGCCUGCGGACAGCAUCCUGCGCCGAAAGUCGGAUGAUGUGCACCUGAGGAGGAAGCGGAAGUACGAGAAGCCCCAGGAGCUGAGUGCGCGCAAGCGAGCCUCAACGCUUCAAACGUCCCCUGGCUCCUCUCACCUCUCGCCGAGGCCCCCACUAGGCAGCAGCCUCAGCCCCUGGUGGAGAUCCAGUCUCACUUACUUCCAGCAGCAGCUAAAGCCUGGCAAAGAAGAUAAGCUUUUCAGGAAAAAGCGGAGGUCUUGGAAGAACACUGAGGACCGGAUGCCCCUAGUCACUAAGCCUCUACGGCGCUUCAAGCAGGAGCCAGAGGAUGAUGUGCCUGAGGCACCCCCCAAAAGCAGGGACAGUGACCACUCAUGCUCCAGCUCACCUACUGCGGGGCCCAGCACGGAGGGGGCUGAGGGCUCAGAGGAGAAGAAGAAAGUGAAGAUGCGCCGGAAACGGCGGCUUCCCAACAAGGAGCUGAGCAAGGAGCUGAGCAAAGAGCUCAACCAUGAGAUUCAAAAAACAGAGAGCAGCCUGGCGCACGAGAACCACCAGCCCAUCAAGUCGGAGCCUGAGAGUGAAAAUGAGGAGCCCAAGCGGCCACUGGGCCUCUGUGAGCGCCCCCACCGCUUCAGCAAGGGGCUCAAUGGCACGCCUCGGGAGCUGCGGCACCCGCUGGGGCCUGGCCUGCGCAGCCCGCCUCGAGUCAUCUCCCGGCCCCCACCCUCUGUGUCCCCGCCCAAGUGCAUCCAGAUGGAGCGCCAUGUGAUCCGGCCGCCCCCCAUCAGCCCUCCACCCGACUCGCUGCCCUUGGACGAUGGGGCAGCCCACGUCAUGCACAGGGAGGUGUGGAUGGCCGUCUUCAGCUACCUCAGCCACCAAGACCUGUGUGUCUGCAUGCGGGUCUGCAGGACCUGGAACCGCUGGUGCUGCGAUAAGCGGUUGUGGACCCGCAUUGACUUGAACCACUGCAAGUCCAUCACGCCCCUCAUGUUGAGUGGCAUCAUCCGGCGCCAGCCUGUCUCCCUCGACCUCAGCUGGACCAACAUCUCCAAGAAGCAGCUGAGCUGGCUCAUCAACCGCCUGCCCGGGCUUCGAGACUUGGUGCUGGCAGGCUGCUCGUGGAUCGCGGUCUCGGCACUCUGCAGCUCCAGUUGUCCGCUGCUACGGACCCUGGAUGUCCAGUGGGUAGAAGGGCUCAAGGAUGCCCAGAUGCGGGAUCUCUUGUCACCACCCACAGAUAACAGGCCAGGUCAGAUGGACAAUCGGAGUAAGCUCCGGAACAUCGUGGAGCUGCGGCUGGCAGGCCUGGACAUCACAGACGCAUCCCUGCGACUCAUCAUCCGCCACAUGCCCCUGCUGUCCAAGCUGCACCUCAGUUACUGUAACCACGUCACUGACCAAUCCAUCAACCUGCUCACCGCGGUUGGCACUACCACCCGGGACUCCCUGACUGAGAUCAACCUGUCAGACUGCAAUAAAGUCACUGAUCAGUGCCUGUCCUUCUUCAAGCGCUGUGGGAAUAUCUGUCACAUUGACCUGAGGUACUGCAAGCACGUCACCAAGGAAGGCUGUGAGCAGUUCAUCGCCGAGAUGUCCGUGAGUGUCCAGUUUGGGCAAGUGGAAGAAAAACUCCUGCAGAAACUGAGUUAGUCCGUGGACAAGUGUGUAAAUACGGGGCGGGUGGGGGGUGGCGGGCAGGGAAAGACUUUACGGCCACCGAGGACUUGGUUUCCCGCUGCAACUCGGGACCGCACGCGACAGAACGAUUCCACUUGCAAGUCUGCCCUGGAGAAGCCACUUCCCGCUCACUGAGCAAGUGAGCCGGGUGCCUGCGAGGCCUCUGCGCUGCUGCUGGGCCCGCUGCCGCGGCCUCGGGAAGAGACGCUCCGCUCAGGAGUGGAACUGGCAAGCGCGGGCUCGGGUUGGAGGUUUCUUUGGUGGUGGUUUUGUUUGGACACCUGCUAUCUUGCACGGUCAAGGGUUUUGAUGUCAACAUAAUGUGGCCCACAGGCCACAUCUGCUGCCAUCCUGAUACAUUUUUCGGUUUUGUUACAUCUUACAUUAUGCAGAACUAUUUUUGUACAAAUUGUUUAAAAGUUAUUUAUGCAAGGUUUGAAUGCAUACCAGUGUUUUUAUUGUUUUGAGAUUGCCAACCUUCCUGGUUUCCUUCAGGUAGGAGAGAAUUUAACCUGUACUUCAUCACCACAGAGGUGCCCAGACCUGAGCUGGUGGGCGAGGCCUGCUGCCUAAAAGCAUGUUUAGCCAGAGGCCGGAGCCCGCCAUGCCGCCAGGAAGUCGCGCAGCAUGUUGUGGAUAGGCCUCAGUCAUAGUUGAAGUAAGACAUGUUGCCAAGUUUCUUCCAUAGAGAAUUCACCUUUUUCUCAAGAUGUUACCAGUGAAACUUCAGCCUUUGCACUCAGAAGGGGACUUCUCCAGCAUGAGCUCUGUACUUGCUGUCGACCUGAUUUAUCCCGGAGUCAAGGAGUAGAACAAACGCGCCCGCAAGGCUGUCUUUUCCUUGGUUCUCUCCUUCACAGUGAGUUGAGUUUUCGUUUAGGUCCACGAGCUGGCUGCUCACUAGUUGUGAAGUUCUGCAUUCUUAAGUGCCAUGUCUCUGGUGGUGUUUCCUAGACCUUCCCCAACGCGGUUCUACCUUUGUUAAAUUUGUAUAAACAAUUGUACAAAAAAAGC